GUUACAUAUACCCUGCAAUCCAUGCCUUCAUUACCCUCAUGACCGCUGAAAUGGCAAUAUACAGCAGACACAUCCGGUCAGCUCAUGUACCUUCUGGAGAUACCAAACCCGGAGACCACCCACUUCCCAGCAAAGAACUGCUCAUGAUGCAGUUGAACAUAACGUGUGUUGCGAGCCCCAUGUUCGAACAUGAUUUCCCCCCCGCAAGGAUCAGGCAUGGUGAGGGGAAUAAUCGUGAAGGUCCCAAUGCACAGGAAAGAUUCGAAAUGGAAAUUGCUUCAAUAUUAUACCAGAGCUUGACUGCCCGACGGUUAAAGAUGAAUGCCCCAAACCCCAGAAAUAUGGCAAAUGAGAAUCGGUUAAAAAAAAGUGAAAAAUACUACGGAGAAUAUGAUCUACGUGCUAGCCAGAAGGAUGCCUCUGAUCCACCCGGCAUGGUACAUAGGCUCGUCUGCCAGGGGAGUCGUUUGAUUAAUCCCAUUCGCGGGCUUCAUGAUGUGGUUUAAAAUAUGUUUUCUAAAAGCCAAACAUCGAUAUCCCAAGAUAGGGUUAUUUACCUUUUAACCCACCUCCUGCGUAAAAUGGCCCCAAAUUCUGAGUGGAUCUUUGGAGCCUAUAUCUCAGGGACAGCAAUCUUCUGAUACCACCGUCCUUUUGCAUGUUAU